GUCAAUCGGCCUAUUGCUCAAGCGUCGGCUUGAACGGACGGCGGAUGAGUUUGGGGCCGCAAAGGCUGCCGUAGAGGGGCGUGGCGAUGGAGCCGCGAUUCGGUUCCCGUAGUUCACGUGCCGGCCGCCGCGGAUCUUCUCAGACCUACCAUGGCUCAGCCGGAGACGUUAAAUCUCAAUAACGAGGUUGUGAAGAUGAGAAAAGAAGUGAAGAGAAUCCGAGUGUUGGUUAUCCGAAAACUUGUCCGGAGUGUUGGCAGACUGAAGUCAAAAAAGGGUACUGAAGAUGCACUGUUAAAAAACCAGAGACGGGCACAACGAUUGCUUGAAGAAAUUCAUGCUAUGAAGGAAUUGAAACCUGAUAUAGUAACUAAAUCUGCUCUCGGUGAUGAUAUCAACUUUGAAAAAAUCUGCAAAAAGCCUGAUUCUACUGCAACUGAAAGAGCAGUUGCCAGACUAGCGAUGCAUCCGCUUCUGAAGAAAAAAAUAGAUGUGCUGAAAGCUGCUGUCAGAGCCUUUAAAGAUGCAAGACAAAAUGUUGUUGAAGUUAAAUCAUCAGAGAAUGCUUCAGAAGAAAAUCAUUCCAAGGACACUUUGUGUUCAAAUGAUGAUGCCAGUAAGUUACAGCAUGAAGGAACUAUUAUCAGUGAGCAAAAAGAGAAAGAAGCCAAAAUAUUGGCAAAGAAACCAGUAAAUUCAAAAGAAAAAAGAACCAAGGUGGAACAUGGACCCAAUGCUGUAGACAUUCCAAAUUCUCCAUCAAAGCCUUCUGAAAAGGCUGGUGUAGUUUCUUCUGAGCCCCAGAAGACACCUGCUGACCCAAAAAUGAAAACCUUAAGUAAAACCAAAAAAGAGAAAGAGUCCAGUAGCUCCCUUGAUGGUAACAGUGAUGGAGAAGAAUUACAAGAAGAAAAGGAGUAUUUUGAUGAUAGCACAGAGGAAAGGUUUUACAAACAGUCCUCCAUGUCUGAGGAUAGUGACAGUGGGGAUGACUUCUUCAUUGGGAAAGUCAGACGGACACGAAAGAAGGAAAGUACUUGCCAUUCUUCGAUUAAGGAACAGAUGCCCCCCAAAAAAGUGUUACCUCAGGAAGAUCUACUUGAAACCCAUCAGAGUAUAAGAAAUGACAUAAACAAGCCAAGUACAGAAUCAAGGAAGUUUGAGUCAGUGUUUUUCCAUUCUUUAUCUGGAUCUAAAAGCUCUAGAAGAAAUUACAGAGAACAGGCUCCAAAAAGCAAAACCCCAGGUUUUCAGCAAAAUGAACCUCAGCUCAAGAAUCUGUUUAAUAAGAGUGCACAAAGAGGACUUCAAAGUACAAAACAGCAGUCACAGCUGCCUCUUCAUCCUUCGUGGGAAGCAAGCAAGAGGCGAAAAGAGCAGCAAUCUAAAAUUGCUGUGUUUCAGGGGAAAAAAAUUACGUUUGAUGAUUGAUUAGUAUAGUACCUCUUUUUGUGAACCAGUCCAUUAUUAAAGUUAUGUUUACAUAAGCCUACCACAAAUCAAGUACAUACUUAAAUUGAUUUUAAAUAAUAUACCCACGCUGUUCCCUCUGUGAAAAAAUUUUGAAAUAACUGUCUCAGACUUCCUCAUUUGUGCUUAUGAAGGGUAUUUCACAGGUUUAACUCUGUCUUGCUUUGAAAAUAAAUUUUGAGAAGAUACAUUAAAAUAAUAAUGGAAAAUAUGAGGAAAUUACAGUUAUUUAAAAGAGAUCACCUUUGCUAAAAGUUAUUCUUAGCAAAACUAAGAUAGUAACUUUUAUAUGGGUAUAGAGAUAAUAAAUUAACAAAUAUUAAUUUUUAUUAUAUUUUUAAUCAUUUGUGAUCUAGUUUUUGUUUUAAAAUAGAUUCAAGGGCAGUUUUUCAUUUUGAAUUAUACCUAUUCUUUAGGCAACAUACAUGUUUAAAUGUAGUACCACAACCAAUAAUUUGCUAUAUAUCUCACUGCAUAGAAAUAUUUGUUUAAAUCAAGAAUGUUUAACAUGUAGUUACUUGACCAUGCUCUUUUAUGGAAACAUUUUUUUGUGGAAUUGUGGAUUAGAAUUCAAAAGGAUAAACUCUGAAGGAGGUGUGAUUGAAGAAGCAUUUCCAGAUAACUGAGUGCAGUGAUGAGAUGACUCGAAGGAACUACUCUCUGUGGAGUACUAUUAAUUUCAAAGGAGAACAGGAUUUUAAAAAUCCUUUCAAAUGUUUCACUUUCGCUUCUCUGGAAGAAAUUAAAGAUUCUUGGUUAACUAAAUAAAGAUAACUAAAUUCCAUCUUCCUGUUAAUGGCAGGGAAAGCCCCCUGGUUUGCAGGAAUUCAUAAGCUCUGGAGAGUCAUUUCUAUCAUUUUCAAGAGCUUAAGAAUUUAGAUAACUAAAGCAAUGGAAUUCAAGAGAUUAUACAGAAAAAAUUAUUUUUGCUAUGUUGAAAGCAAAAUUUGUUUUUUCUCCUUUUGUCUUUUAAAUUUUUAUUUUGACAUGUCAAUUACGCAAAAUUAAAAUUAAUUUCAAUGAAAUUUUAAUUAUGAAAAAUUAUUACAGGAAAAGUGAAAGAAAAAUGUCUCCAUGGCUACCCAGAUUUAGCCAAACUGCGAGGUUGAGAGCAGUGUCCUCCAGGCUACCAAGUCUGGCCAAGACUUCUUACCCUACCACAAGAAGUUAGGGUCCAGCUACAGAGUUAGAGGGAAGAGCCCCCACAAGACCACUGUCACUUCUGACACCAGCUGCAGGUUUGGAGAUGGAGUUGGGUGGGUUCCCCAAACACCCUCAGGUUCAAAAAUUUGCUAGAAAAUCUCCCAGAACUUACUGAAACCUAUUUAUAUACACACAUGGAACCUACUGACAGUCAUUGUUUAUUACAGGGAAAGGGUACAAUUAAAACCUGUCAGAGGAAGAGAUGCACAGGACCAUGUCUGUGAGGGUUCUAACACAAAGCUUCUGUUGUCCUCAGGACACAUUACCGUCCUGGCAUCAAUGUGCAUAGAGUAUUGCCAGUCUCAGAAGCUCACUGAAGCUUUGGUGUGUAGAUUUUUUGUUGUGUCUGCAAUAUAUAAGCAUAAGCAGUUGAUUGCCCAAAUGAUUGUUCCAGAUGACUGAUACCACAUGACCCCAAAUUCCCCAUCCUCAGUUCCAUGGUUUGUCUUUUUUAGUGUAGCUAACUGCUGCCCUAAACAAACAUACUUGUAUCAGGUAUUACAUAGAUGCCUCCAAGAAACCAAAGGCAAGGCAAUUCUCGGGCAAAGCCAAGUUCUUUGCCACACAAUAUCCUUCACCCAGGUUCUCCAGUCGAUAACACUUUAUUGCAUUAGCUUUAUCCUUCGCUCUCAUCCUUCUACCCCUCCUCUCCUCCUCCUCAUCUUCUUCCUCCUGCUCUUCUCUUUUCCCCCCUCUCUGCCCUUGUUUUUGUUGUAAUAUUACAUAUGCCUUAUCAUGUUCAGGUUUUUCCUCUACUUCCUUGAACAUAUGGAAUAUUAGUAGCUAUUUUAAUGAUCUUGUCUGCAGUGGUUCUCCAUUUGGGGCAGUUUUACCUUUAGGGAACAUUCGGCAAUGUCUGCAGACAUUUUUGUGUCACAUCUAAUAAUGGGUAUAGGCCAGGAAUGCUACUAAACAUUCUACAUCAUAUACAACAAAGAAUUAUCAAGUGCGAAGUGUCAACAGUGCUGAGAUUGAGAAAGCCCGGCCUAGGGCUCAUUUGGCUCCAGAGACAUUACCAUUCUAAGCACUCUGCCUAAUGGUUUUUCUACUAGCAAAUCUUUCUUUUACAUCUGGUGAGAUGAGAACAAAAACUAUACCUGACCCAGUGUUAAGUUGCUUCACAAACUCCAUUCUAGUGAAUUUUUUCACUGGCCUUGGUAGAUUCGUCAUACACAUUGCACAGAUUAGUCUUAUGCCGUAGAUUUUAGGGGAUCAUUCCAAAGAUCUCCAGAGCACUUCUUUCUGUUCAUCUCAUCCUCUUUUGUAUUUUGCGUCACAAAUUCUAGUCACCGUAGCCUAUGCAAACCCUGAAUUCUGUCUCCAGGAAGGCCACUGAGUUAUCUGGAAUUCCUUCCCUCUGUGUAGUGUAGUUUGGAAACUUCAUGCAAUGAGCUAAAGCACUCAACUGGUUUGUUUUCACUCUCAGGUAUUACUAUGCUGUACUGCUUUUUGUCCAUUGUCUGAAAACCUAAGUCAUAUUUUUUCCAGUGUUCUAGUUCUUUAAUGUAGAAUGGCAAAUCUGAUUCCUGUUACUACAGAAGUAGAAAUCCAUUAUUUAUUUUCAUGUUCAAAUUGUCCUUAAUUUGGCCAGUGGGAGCCUACUCAGGCUGUGUCUUGUGUCCUUUUCCCAUCUAACAAUAAGAAAGAUGGUUCCCAUUAUCCACAAAACCCUAGAAUACAGUUUCAGAGUUGCUAACUGAUGCCUCCGCAAAAUAAAAGUCUACUAGCCGAA